AUGGCGAACAUUUAUGAAAAUGAUAGAUAUACUUCAUUGGAAUAUAACCGUAGAAGAAAGAAUCCAUCUGUACAACAGAACCGAAAAAAAAAUAAACGGAACUAUAUAAAUAAUGAUUCAUCAAAUUUUUAUUUUAUAAUCGGUUUGUUUUGUGUUAUUUUUUUAUUCGCACAUGAAUCAGAAAAUAAAAAUUCUAAAAAAGGGAAAUAUGUUACGACUAUGAUUGAUACAAAAUGGAGUAUGGUACCACUUGUUUUAGAAAUGGCAGAAUAUAUGGCUGAAGAAAAUCCUUAUUCUUUAUGGUUGUUUGUGGAUAGUAUAUCACAGCUUAAUCCAGCUUUAAGUGAACUUGAUAAUGAUCAAAUCAAAUACCAGACUGCAUUAUCUAAGGCUGGAUUAUUAUUAUCCAACUCUAAGUUGAGACUAUUAAAAUUUUCUCUAUCCAUGCAUACAUAUUCACCACGUAUUGAAAUGUAUGCACAAAUGGCAGCUGAUAGAGGAGUGCAGUGUUCCACUUCUGUAGAAAUUGAUGGUGAACUUGUGUGUUCAGUUGAAGAGUUAAAAAAAGUUUUACAACGAAUAAGUGCUGAAGGUUCAAAACAUUUGUGUGAAACAUAUCAUAUAGAUCAUCAUCACCCUUCUUCUAAAAACAGAAGUAACAUAGCAAUAUUGUAUGGUGAAUUAGGAACAGCAGAAUUUGCUUCUUAUCAUACAGUAUUAAAACAAUAUGCUCAAGAAGGAUCUAUAGACUAUGUUUUACGUCAUUUUGUAAAAGAAAAGAGUGAACAGAAGGUCCGCCUAUCUGGUUAUGGUGUUGAACUUCAUAUGAAAUCAACUGAAUAUAAAGCAGAAGACGAUAGUGUAGUCAAAGAUAAAAAUGAUAUGAAUAGAAAUGAAGAUGAGGAAGAUAUUUCAGAAAUUGAAGGAUUUGAUUUUAAACGCCUUAUUGAGUUAUACCCUGAUAGAAAACUGGAUUUAUUAAAAUUCAGAACUCAUUUAUCUGAGGUUAGUGGUGAACUAGCCCCUCUUAAGGCUUGGCAAUUUCAAGAAUUGAGCCUACAAGCAGCACAGAGAAUUAUGAGUGGUCCACCUCAAGAUGCUGUUCAAACUUUUAUUCACAUUGCUCAGAAUUUUCCAACUCAAGCUAGGUCAUUGGCCAAUGUUAAAGUUAGCAAAGAACUAAGAGAUGAAGUAUCAAAAAACCAAGAUAGUUUUUCAAUGGGAUUGAAUUUACAACCUACUGAUACAGUUUUAUUAUUAAAUGGAAUGUAUUUUGAUAUAGACAUCACAGAUAUGUCAACUAUAUUAGAUUCAGCUACUCAAGAAUUGAGUAUAAUGGAAGGGUUAUAUUCUAUAGGCAUUACAGACAAAAAAGCUAUUUCUUCUAUGUUGGCGUUGGAUUUUGGAAGUGUUAAAGGAAAGUCAUAUGCUGUAGAUAUUAGGGAUUCUGCUAUUCAAUGGAUAAAUGACUUAGAAACUGAUGCUAUAUAUAAGAGGUGGCCUUCAUCAGUUGAUGAUUUGCUUCGACCAACAUUUCCUGGCAUGUUACGAAGUAUUCGACGUAACCUGUAUAAUCUAGUAAUAGUUUGUAAUCCAGCUUCUAAAAGUUCAUGGCCUUUACUAAAACUAACUGAUUCAUUUUUAAACCAUCAAAGCCCUUUACGAGUUGGGAUUGUAUUUAAUGUUUCGCCAAAGCCAGCUAUAGGACUAAACGAUGCUAGUGUAGCUAUAUUGAAUGCUUAUAAUUAUAUUGUUGAGCAAACAUCUAAACCAUUAUCUGCAUUUAAUUUCAUAACCAAUAUGUAUACAUCUAUUAGUGAAGACAGAGAUGUUAUUGUUGAUGAUGUCUUAAAUGAAUUCAAGAAGCAGUACCCCAAAGCAAUUAUUGAUGAAAUAUUUGGAGAAGACAGUGAUUACGAUACUGCCCAAAUACUGGCAAAAGAGUAUAUUGCUAAGACAGGGUUUAGAAAAUUACCUCAAGUACUACUUAAUGGGGUUCCAUUACAAGAAAAAUCUUUAGUGGAAGAAGACUUUGAAGAAGCUGUUUUAGUAGAAUUAGUAACUCAAACGCAGACUUUACAAAAGGCUGUAUACAAAAGAGAAUUGACUGAUACAGACAAUGUUGUAGAUUGGUUAAUGACACAACCAAAUGUAAUGCCAAGACUGAAUUCACGUGUACUUAAUACAGACUCAAGUAAAAAUUUGCAAUUAUCUGAUAAACAUGAAUUUGUUUUUAAGUCAAUGAAUUAUAUUACUUUUGCUAAGAAAUCUAGUAUUAAUCCAAUUACACACUGGAUUGUUGGAGAUUUUUCUAAACUGUCUACUUUCAAAUUGAUCAAAAACACAUUUGAACAUUUGAAAACUGAUUCUGAAUCACGUAUAGGUGUAAUUCCUAAUCCGUCAAGUAACGAUGAACAUAUAAUCAAAAUAAAUAAAAUAGUUUUUGAAGCUUUUAAACAGGAAGAUAAAUUGAAUAUAUUAGUUACGCAUUUAUCACAAGCAAUUAAUGUUAAUAAAAAUCAUAUUGAAGUCAUAAAUUCACUACCAGAAGAGAUACAUUUUGAUGUGUCAAAAAUAGAUAUACAAUUGUAUAGAAAUUUUGCUUUUGAAGCAUUUAAUUUUGAAAGUGGACAAUGCGGUGUAAUCACAAAUGGACGUAUUUUGGGUCCAUUUGAUGAAGAUGAAGAUUUCUUAACUGAUGAUUUUGCUUUAUUAGAACAACAUACAUUGAAGGGCAGUGUAAACAAAAUUCUUAAUAUACUUAAAGAAUCAGAUGUAAUGGAUAUUACAAGUGAUAUGAUAAUGAAAGCAAGUGCCUUAAUUAGUAGUCGUUCUCAAACUAAAAAUCGGCAUUCUAUACCUGAUGUUUCUACUAAACAUAGUGUUAUUAAAUUAACUGCCAACAAUGAAGAUGAACCAGUCUUCGAAAUCAAUGUUAUUGUUGAUCCUGUGUCUAGAGGUGCUCAGAAGGUCGGAUCUAUUAUUUCUGUAUUAUCACGUGUACUCAAUGCUAACAUAAAUAUAUAUUUUAAUUGUGUUGAUAAGAACAGUGAUAUGCCUGUUAAAAGUUUUUAUCGUUUUGUGCUUGAACCUGAAGUCAUUUUUGAUAAAUCUGGCCAUUUGUCUCCUGAUCCAAUAGCAAAGUUUUCUAAUAUGCCCACUAGUCCAUUAUUAACACAAAUACUUCAUGUACCUGAUAAUUGGUUAGUUGAAUCUAUUGAAUCUCCAUACGAUUUGGACAACAUUCGACUCGAAGAUGUUGAAAUGGGUGUUUAUAGUCGAUAUGAAUUGGAAUAUCUGCUGCUUGAGGGUCAUUGUUAUGAUUCAGUCAACAUGAAUCCACCUCGUGGUCUUCAAAUGACACUAGGAACAAAGUCAAAUCCAGUAGUGGUAGAUACAAUUGUUAUGGCCAACUUGGGUUAUUUCCAAAUGAAAGCUAACCCAGGGGCUUGGAUGUUAAGACUUCGACAAGGCCCUUCAGCUGAUAUUUAUGACAUUAUUUCUCAUGAAGGAUCAGACCGUUCUCCGAACAGUAUGGAUAUCAAAGUAUUGAUCAGUUCAUUUCGUUCUCACAUAAUUAAAGUCAAAGUUGCCAAAAAACCUGGCAAACAAAGUUUAAAUGUCUUGGGUGAUGAUGAUGCUGAAAAUAAAGGUUUAUGGAAUUCAAUUACCAGUUCUUUUGGCUCGGGUUCACCUGAUAAAUCAAAUGACGAAACUAUCAACAUAUUUUCUGUCGCUUCAGGCCACUUAUAUGAAAGAUUUUUAAGAAUUAUGAUGUUAAGUGUGUUAAAAAAUACUAAAUCCCCAGUCAAAUUCUGGUUUCUUAAAAAUUAUCUUUCUCCAACUGUUAAGAACUUUCUUCCUAUUAUGGCCCAAGAGUAUAAAUUUCAAUAUGAACUAGUUGAAUAUAAAUGGCCUCGUUGGCUCCAUCAACAAACAGAAAAACAGAGAACUAUAUGGGGUUAUAAAAUAUUGUUUUUGGACGUCCUUUUUCCAUUAGAUGUUAAAAAAAUUAUAUUUGUUGAUGCUGAUCAAGUAGUCCGAGCUGAUAUGAAAGAAUUAGUUGACUUAGAUUUAGGUGGUGCACCAUAUGCGUAUACACCAUUUUGUGAAAGCCGUAAAGAAAUGGAUGGCUUCAGAUUUUGGAAACAAGGCUACUGGAAAACUCAUCUACAGGGUCGUCGUUAUCAUAUCAGUGCAUUGUAUGUAGUAGAUUUGAAACGCUUUAGAAAAGUAGCAGCUGGUGAUAGAUUACGAGGUCAAUACCAAGCUCUUAGUCAAGAUCCAAAUAGUUUAUCAAAUUUAGAUCAGGAUUUGCCAAAUAACAUGAUUCACCAAGUUUCUAUUAAAAGUUUGCCACAAGAAUGGCUUUGGUGUGAAACAUGGUGUGAUGAUGCAUCCAAAAAAUCAGCCAAAACUAUUGAUCUUUGUAAUAAUCCAUUAACUAAAGAAGCUAAGUUGACGGCAGCAAUGAGAAUUGUUAGUGAAUGGAAAGAUUAUGAUAAUGAAAUUAAAAGAUUACAAAUUAAGCAAAGUGAACAUGAAGAUGAAGUUUUCAAUGUUGAAACUCAAUCAAAAGGACCAGAAGUACACACAGAAUUAUAA